AUGUAUCCUUUAUCUUCGCCUCCACUAAAAGUUAAAUUAAAUGAAGAGACAGUCAAGGUUGAUCCUAAUGACGCUCCGUUAAAUGUUGAACAAUUACAUAUGGUAAAAGAUUGUUACAUGUCUGCUGCGGAAAAAUAUCGUCAUUCGCCUACGGAAUUUGUUAAAUAUUUUUAUGAUCAAGCCAACAUCAGUUCUGUUAUUCGUACGAAUUUAAGAAAAUUAGUUCAAAUUCAAACAAUUUAUGCCGUUUUAAAUGGCAGGUAUCGAUUAGAAAAUGGCACAUGUAUUACACUUGAUAAAGAUAGAAUGCACCACUCAGCUCAAACAACAGUACAAUAUCAAUCUAAUCAUCAAUAUAUAUUUGAUAAAAAUUUGAAUUAUGAAACUGAAUUAUUUAUGGUGCAAGGCGACUGCAUUGAUGCAGCACUAUGGUUCAAACUAAAUCAACAAUGUGAUCCUGUUGUACUCAAUUUUGCCAACGAAGUUCAUCCUGGUGGCGGUUGGAAAGAGGGAUCUGCCGCACAGGAGGAGAACUUACAUCGUCGAACCAACCUAUUUGAAUGUUUAGAAGAUCCGUACAAUAAACUUCAAGGUCAAAGACAGUGGUCAUAUCCAAUUGAAGAAUUUGGUGGAAUUUACAUUCCACAUGCAGCGGUGUUUCGUGGAGCUGAAUCUGAUGGAUAUCCAUUUUUUCCUGAACCACAAAAUUUAAGUUUCAUUACUGUAGCUGCUUACUGUAUGCCACCUAUCUGCAAAGGUGAAGAUGGACAAAUUUAUUUGGACGGAGAAGAUUACAUCAAUAAUACGAAACGUAAAAUCGAAACAAUAUUACAAAUUGCUUUGGAAAAUAAGCAUGAUUCCAUUGUUUUAGGUGCUAUCGGCUGCGGCGCUUUUGGAAAUCCACCGAGACACAUUGCACAAUUAUUUCGUGAAGUUAUUAAUGAAAAAUUUCAAAAAUCUUUUCGUUACAUUAUAUUUGCUAUUAUUGGUGACAGUUGUUCAGAAGAUCAUGAAUCAAAAUCAAAUAUUCAGCCGUUUGCUGACGUUUUCCAAGUUAAUAUAUUGAAUAUAAAUAAUUUAAUGACAGAACGGUAA